UUGUGCAAUGAAAUUUGGGGAACAAUUAGCAAGUCAUUUAACACCUGAAUGGAGAAAGCAAUAUAUUCGUUAUGAAGAACUUAAAACACUUUUGUAUGAUAUUAUGUUGGAAGCGCCGACUGAAGCAGAUGCGAGAGACCAAUAUAUUUCUCAAAUGGAUGAAACAUUUUUUGCAGAAUGUGAAAAAGAACUUGUCAAAAUUAAUUUAUUCUUCAGUCAAAAAAUAGCUGAAGCUCAAGGAAAAUAUCACGAAUUAACUGCAGAAUUGAAUACUUUUAAAGAUUCAAUCGAAUCAAGGCAAACUCCAAUUGCUCAGAGAAAAAAUGUCCGUUUACGCUUUGCUGGAGCUAAACUUUCUCUUAAUAAAUUGCAAAAAGAACAGUCAAAAACUGCACAACAGCUUAAAUUGGCUUUUAGUGAAUUCUACUUAAAUCUUGUACUUUUACAAAAUUAUCAGCAAUUAAAUGCUACCGGGUUUCGUAAAAUUUUCAAAAAACAUGACAAAUUAAUGAUGAAUGAUGCUGGAAUGGAUUGGCGAAUAAAUCGGGUUGAAAAAUCUUCGUUUUUUCUCAAUUCUGAUAUUGAAUCCUUAAUUAACAAUGUUGAAUCGACGGUCAUUAAUGAACUGGAAGGGGGUAAUAGACAGGCGGGAAUGAAAAGACUUAAGGUUCCUCCCCUAAGCGAAAAACAAAAUGCUGGAACAACAUUCUCGCUAGGCAUGUUUAUGGGUAUAUUUAUAGUUUUGGCUGUCGCAAUAAUUCUUUCAUGGUUUGGAUUGGAACAACAAGUAAAUGAACCAAAAUGGGUUGCUGUUCGCCUAUUUCGAGGCUUUUUUCUUUUUUUCCUUUCAAUGUGGCUUUGUGGACUUAACAUGUAUGGUUGGGCAGCUGCAGGUGUUAAUCAUGUUCUCAUUUUUGAAGUAGAUCCUCGCAACCAUUUAACUUAUCAGACGGUUUUUUUAAUUAAUAUUUUUAUUUUCUCCUUAUACCAGUCAACUAAUUUUAAGUAA